ACUAACCACACAUUUAAAUUUUCCAGAGGAAAACAAAAAUAUUUGUGGGUCGGUUACCAGAGAAUUGUCGCAACGAUGAGUUGCGACAAUUAUUUUUACGUUUUGGCGAAGUAACGGAAUGCGAUGUCAUGAAUCGGUAUGGAUUUGUCCACAUGGCCCGAGAGGAAGAUGCAGCGGCAGCGAUCAAAGCUCUUCACAAUUCCAACUUCAAAGGGGCGACAAUCAAUGUGGAACAGUCAACUGGGAAAUCACGAGGCGCAGGAGGAGGACGCAGGGAUGGAGACAGAAGAGGUGGACCAAUGAGAGGUGGUAGAGGAGGACGAGACGGUGGUAGAGACGCUCGUCCUGGACCAUACAAUGAUAGAAGAGGUGGCGUCGCAACGGGGUACACCGAUUACAAUCGUGGCGCUGGAGACUUUAGUGGACGUGGAGCAGACUUUGGAACUGGGUACACCGAUCGUGGAGCGUAUGGACAAAACGUGGGAAGCGCGGCAAUGGGAUACACUUCAACAGCACCAGGAAUGGGAGGAGGAUAUGGACCAGCGACUGGAGCCGUCGGAGGAUAUGGACCAACUGCCACCGCCGAUUAUGGUCGAACUGCGGACUAUACCCGCGCUGCAGAUUUUGGAGCUAGAACAGAUUAUGAAUUUCCAUUUGCAGUAGUUGGAGGUGGAAUGACUGGAGAUUUUAAUCGUGGUGCACCUGGUCCUAUGGAUUAUGGACGUACUGACAAUUUCGGUGCAAAUCGCACAGUUGAUUAUACAGCUAGAAAUGAUUAUGAUCGAACUGCGACUGGCCCUAUGAGAAAUGGUGGUGGUGCUGUUGCCACUACUGGGUAUGGGACAGGGUACUCAGAUGUAGGAUAUGAUGAAAGCCACUGGCCAAUGAGUACUGGACCUAGCUACAGCACUGGGGCGCCUAGUUACAGCACUGGUCCUGGACCACAACCAGAUAUGUUUAGUAGAAGACCUGGCAGUGCCGUCCCCAGUGGUGGAUAUCCGCCUGUUGGUGGAGGUUAUACCGAAGGAUACGACAGACCAGAUGCUUAUGGUCCCCCGCGUGGUGGUGGACGAUUACAAGCGGGAUGAGGAUACAACUGGACUAUGAGAUGAACUCUAACUGGAAGUAUGAGUCCUAUUAUACCUUCCUAUACUCAGGUUGGUGGACUUAGCUUGCGAUGGAAGGCAAGAGAAGAAGACGAAUCAAAAGAAGAAAAAAGGAUUAUAUUUGUAGCCAUUAAAGUGUAAGAAAUUCUAUUGCUUUUUAUUCUAACAUUAACACAGAAACGUUUUUACUUUUAUAUCCCGUUAGCUUUAUCAAUAAUAUGUAUCAUUUCAAAGCAAAGAAGUACUUAUAUAUCUUGAAUUACUAAUUUGCAAAAAUGUUACAAACCCUCACAAGAUAAUAUGUGAAGAUUCAACGAUAAAUUGUAACAUUUUCGUACUGAGAGAAACAUGUAUUCAAUUCUUGAUUCUUUGUGGAUUAUAAUAAAUUAAUUUCUCAAUUAUAUCUUAUCGUAAUAUUGGAUUGGUCCAUAAGUUCACAUGCGCUUUUAAUUUCGAUUUAAAUUUUUCGCAUAAUAAAAUUGCCUAACGAGCAUGUCUCAUACAUCAUUCAAAAGCUUUAAUUUUCUUCUGUUAUGCGACUGUUUACUUAUUCGUUCCAUGUGAGUAAUAAAGUGACUAAUUUUUUGAAAACUAUGGAUUAUCAAGUUAACAAGAAUGAACAUCUCCGAUAUGUUUUGCUGUACGAUUAAAUUCGUAAUAAAGUGAUUAAUUUUUUAAAAACUAUAGAGUGUCAAGUGAAUAAGAAUUAAUCGUACAGCAAAAUAUGUCGAUGAUGUUCAUUCUUGUUACCUUGGCACUCCAUAGUUUUCAUAAAAUUAAUCACUUUAUUACUCGCAUGGAACGAAUAAAUAAACAGUCGCAUAACAGGAGAAAACCAAAGCUUUCGAAUGACGUAGGAGACAUAAUUGUUAGGCAAUUAUUAUGCGGAAAAUUUAAAUCGAAAUUAAAACCGCACUAACUUAUAGACCGAUCCAAAUAGACUUCACGUUCUCUUAAGAAAUAUAAGUUUUACCAUACUGUACAAGCGGUACUUUUCUAUGAACGAGAUUAUAACUGUACUAUUUAAAUAAAAUGAAAUACAGAAUGUAAUACUAAA